UAAAGAUUCCUAAGAACUUCUCAUAUUGCUGUUUUGAUAUCUCUGGGACUGAGGCUGCGGCUGUGUUUAGAGAGUGUGAUCCAGGAACUUAUCCCUAUUUUCCAUUCAGAAGAAGUGCAAAAUGGCCCCAGAAAAGAACGAACUGGUCUUCUUUGUAAAUGGCAAGAAGAUAGUGGAGAAGAAUGUGGAUCCAGAAACUACUUUGCUAACCUACCUUAGAAGGAAAUUGGGCUUGUGUGGAACCAAGCUGGGCUGUGGAGAAGGAGGCUGUGGUGCUUGCACAGUCAUGAUUUCCAAGUUUGACAACUUCCGAAACAAAAUCAUACAUUAUUCUGCAAAUGCAUGUUUAUUCCCUAUCUGUGCUCUCCACCAUGUGGCUGUAACCACUGUUGAAGGCAUCGGAAGCACAAAGACAAGGCUGCACCCUGUACAGGAGAGAAUAGCCAAAAGCCAUGGAUCACAGUGUGGUUUCUGCACUCCUGGGAUUGUCAUGUCCAUGUAUACAUUGCUUCGUAAUCACCCUCAGCCUAGAAUGGAAGAGAUUGAAGAUGCUUUUCAAGGAAAUCUCUGCCGCUGUACAGGAUACAGACCCAUCCUGGAGGGGUACAGAACAUUUGCAAAGGAAGGAGGAUGCUGUGGAAAUCUAGUAAAAGGAAAAGGUUGCUGUAUGGCUGGAAAAGAAAAAAAUGCGGUUCAGGGGUGCAAUGAUAAACAAGUCAAUGGCCUGGACUGUUGCAUGAAUGAAAAAGAAGACAAUUCGGGACUGAUUACCACAACUCUGUUCAAUAUGUCUGAGUUCCAGCCUUUAGACCCUACCCAAGAGCCUAUAUUCCCACCUGAGUUAUUGACACAGAAAAAGCCUGUUGAGCAACUGUGUUUCAAAGGCGAGCGGGUGAUGUGGUUGCAACCAUCAACUCUCAAGGAACUUGUUACUCUGAAAGCUCAGCACCCCAAUGCCAAGCUUGUAGUAGGGAACACAGAAGUGGGUAUUGAAAUGAGAUUAAAGAACAUGUUGUACCCUGUGAUUAUAGCCCCAACUUGGAUCCCAGAAAUGAACUCUGUUCAGCACACAGAAGAGGGAAUCAGAUUUGGUGCCUCCUGCAGCCUGAGCUGUGUGGAAGAGGAACUCCGGAAGGCAGUGGCCCAUUUUCCUUCUCACCAAGUAGAGGUCUUCCAAGCUGUCCUAGAACAACUGAGAUGGUUUGCAGGACCUCAGAUCCGCAAUGUUGCAGCUAUUGGUGGAAAUAUAAUGACUGCAAGUCCAAUAUCUGACCUAAAUCCAGUGUUGAUGGCAAGUGGGAGCAAACUGAUUUUGGUGUCAAAUAGGGGCAGCAGGACAAUAAGGAUGGAUGAAAAAUUCUUUACUGCAUAUAGAAAAACUAUACUGAAGCCUCAAGAAGUACUGCUUUCAGUUGAGAUUCCCUUCAGCAGGGAGGGUGAAUAUUUCUCUGCCUUCAAGCAAGCUUCAAGACGGGAGGAUGACAUUGCCAUUGUGACCUGCGGAAUGAGAGUUCGGUUUCAAGAGGGAACCAAUCGAGUAGGAGAGAUUAAGCUGAGUUAUGGGGGGAUGGCUCCCACAACAGUCAUGGCUGUAAAAACCUGCCAGGAGCUGACUGGGAGAGAGUGGAAAGAAGAUCUCCUGCAGGAAGCUUGCCGUUUGCUGGCUGAGGAGAUGAAUCUUUCCCCUUCGGCCCCUGGUGGCAUGGUGGAUUUCCGUCGAACUCUCGUGCUCAGCUUUUUCUUUAAGUUCUACCUCACAGUGCUUCAGAAGCGAAGUUUAAAAUUAAAUGGCAAUAAUAAUUUGAAUGAUUUGUUCCCUUGCAAACAUGCUAGUGCUACUGAAUUAUUUAACAAGGACCCUGUUAGCAACGUCCAGUUUUUCCAAGAAGUGCCUAAUGAGCAAUCCAUUGAUGAUACAGUGGGACGACCCCUGAUGCAUUUGUCAGCUGCCAAGCAGGCGAGUGGAGAGGCAGUCUACUGUGAUGACAUCCCUUCUUACACAAAUGAACUUUACCUAACACUGGUUACUAGCAGCAAAGCCCAUGCUAAAAUUAUUUCCAUUGAUACCACGGAGGCUCAGAAUGUACCCGGCUUUGUGUGCUUUGUCUCUGAUCAGGAUGUUCCAGGGAGUAACAUUUCUGGGAUUAGUAAUGAUGAAACCAUCUUUGCAAAAGACAUUGUGACAUGUGUUGGGCACAUUAUUGGUGCAGUACUGGCAGAUACACAGGAACAUUCCCGAAGAGCUGCUAGAGCAGUGAAGAUCACAUAUGAAGAGCUUACACCAAUUAUCACUAUCCAGGAAGCCAUUGAGAAAGAAUCUUUCUUUAAGACUGAUAGGAAGAUUGAAAAAGGAAAUAUCCAGAAAGGAUUUGAAGAGGCUGAUCAUAUUGUGGAAGGAGAGAUGUACAUCGGUGGCCAGGAACAUUUUUAUCUGGAGACUCACUGCACAAUUGCUGUGCCAAAAGGAGAAGAUGGAGAAAUGGAACUCUUUGUAUCCACCCAAAACUUAGCAAAGACUCAGGAAUUUGUUGCUAAUGCUUUAGGCGUUCCCUCUAAUCGAAUUCUGGUUCGCGUGAAGAGAAUGGGAGGAGGAUUUGGAGGGAAAGAAUCUAGAAGUAUGAUCUUGUCUACAGUUGUUGCAGUAGCUGCUGCUAAGAUUGGUUGCCCAGUACGAUGCAUGCUUGAUCGAGAUGAAGAUAUGUUGAUUUCUGGUGGAAGACACCCAUAUUGGGCACAGUAUAAGGUUGGCUUUAAGAAAAAUGGAAGGGUUACCAGCCUAGAUGUGUCAUAUUACAGCAAUGGAGGAAAUUCUGUUGAUCUUUCUCAUGGGGUUAUGGACAGAGCUGUGCUUCACAUGGACAAUACCUACAACAUCCCAAAUAUCAGGGGUAUCGGUGUUGUCUGUAAAACGAAUCUGGCCUCCAACACAGCCUUCCGUGGAUUUGGGGGUCCCCAGGGAAUGAUGGUUGUUGAGUGCUGGAUAAGUGACAUAGCCUUGAAGUGUGGGCUGCCAGCAGAAGAGGUACGAAAAAUCAAUCUGUAUGAUGAAGGAGAUCUAACUCAUUACAAUCAAAAGCUUGAGGGGUUCACCUUGAAAAGAUGUUGGGAAGAGUGCCUUGCAAAAUCGAAGUAUCAUGUCAGAAGAACAAACAUUGAGAAAUUCAACCAGCAGAAUCGCUGGAAGAAGAGGGGCAUAGCCAUUGUUCCUACCAAGUUUGGGAUCAGCUUCACCGUUCCUUUUCUGAAUCAGGCUGGGGCAUUGGUACAUGUUUACACGGAUGGUUCAGUAUUGCUCACACAUGGUGGGACUGAGAUGGGUCAAGGUCUGCAUACCAAGAUGAUUCAGGUUGCCAGCAAGACUCUGGGAAUCCCUACCUCUAAGAUCCAUAUAAGUGAGACAAGCACCAACACGGUGCCAAAUACAUCACCAACAGCUGCUUCUGUCAGUGCUGAUAUCAAUGGGAUGGCUGUUUCUAAUGCUUGCCAGACCAUCUUAGAACGAUUGGAGCCAUUCAGAUGUGCUAACCCAAAAGGAUCAUGGGAAGACUGGGUGUUAGCAGCCUAUCAUGAUUGUGUGAGUUUAUCAGCUACAGGGUUUUAUAGAAUUCCUAAUGUUGCGUAUGACUUCUCGAAGAAUGCAGGAAAGCCUUUCCAUUAUUUCUCCUAUGGUGUUUCUUGUUCUGAGGUUGAGAUAGAUUGUCUGACCGGUGACCAUAAGAAUCUUCGCACUGACAUCGUGAUGGAUGUUGGCACCAGCCUGAAUCCAGCUAUAGAUAUAGGGCAGAUUGAAGGAGCAUUUGUCCAAGGAAUGGGGCUUUUUACCAUGGAGGAGCUACGCUAUUCCCCCGAAGGCAACUUGUAUACACGAGGGCCUGGAAUGUACAAGAUCCCUGCAUUUGGUGACAUUCCAUCAGAGUUCCAUGUUUCUCUUCUCCGGGAUUGUCCAAACAGCAAAGCCAUUUAUUCAUCUAAGGCUGUGGGUGAGCCUCCAUUGUUCUUAGCAGCCUCUGUAUUUUAUGCUAUCAAAGAUGCAAUUGUCUCUGCAAGGGAAGAAUCUGCAUUGAAAGGAACCUUCAGAUUAGAUAGUCCAGCUACUCCAGAAAGAAUACGCAAUGCUUGUGUUGAUUCCUUCACCAAAUUGUGUCCACCUGCUGAACCAGGAACUUUCAAACCAUGGUCUGUGAACGUGUGAAUGAAGACAUCUUUAGAAAUUAGCUCCACUUAUUAAAGUGGUUUUAUCUCCAGGGACCAACCAAAGCAGUACCACUAAGCUGAAAUCAGAACUGUAUUCUGUGUCUACCUUAUUAAUUGAGAAACCUUUAAAAUGUAAUUGUGGAAGCAUCAGUUGAUCAAGAAAAAUGUUAUUGUUGAUAAAUUAUUGCACAUAUUAUAUAUAACAAAGGGAGGGAGGGAAAAUUACUUUUCUUUUGUGAACAGAAAGUUUGCAAUGGUUCCUUUAAGCUUGCAGUGAAAAUCAGAGAAACACUAUGUAUAUGUUCACUUUUCAAGUGCAAUCAUGACAUCCAGCCUCAAAAAUGUAACUGUAGCUCAUUUGAUGCAACCAAUUAAUCAUCAUUAUCACAUCUAAUUUCUUCUUAAUCUUUUGGAUGGAUCACUGAAGAUGGUAAAACAGUCAGGAGAGGUCACUGUUUCAUUUUCCUUUUGUGUUCUAAGGAUGAGAGAGGUAGUUUAACGGCUAAUAAUAAUAAUAAUAAUAAUAAUAAUAAUAAUAAUAAUAAUAAUAAUAAUAAUAAUAAUAAUAAUAAUUUAAUUUGUAUACCGCCCCUCUCCUGAAGGACUCAGGGCGGUGAACAGGCAAAUAAAAUAAAAAACGAUACAUUUCAAUAAAAACAAUAUUUAAAAAACUUAUUCCAAUAGCCUAAAUUUAAAAUACAAUACAAAAUAUAAAAUAAACCCCAAUAAAAUCCAUAUUAAAACCCUAUUUAAGCCAGUCCUGCUCGAAAGAAUAGAUAUGUUUUAAGCUCGCGGCGAAAGGUCCGGAGGUCUGGAAGUUGUCGAAGUCCUGGGGGAAGCUCAUUCCAGAGGGUAGGUGCCCCCACAGAGAAGGCUCUCCCCCUGGGGGUCGCCAGCCUGCACUGUUUGGCUGACGGCACCCUGAGGAGGCCCUCUCUAUGAGAGCGUACCGGCCGGUGGGAGGCAUGUGGUACAGAGCACUUUUGGCCUCUGUUUUCAGCUUCCAGUUCUUUCAAAUUUGCUAGAGUAAAAUCAGUGUUAUCUCCUUAGUCAGAGUGAAACAAUCACCCCAGGGAGCAGAUGCGAGGCAUAUAAUGAUCCAAAAUCCAAAUCCAUGGGAUCGUAAUCCAUUGAAUUCGUGGGGCUUACUUUUGAGUUGACAUAUACAGGAUAUCAGUAACCUAUAUGUGGACAUAUCAUAGAAAGCUGUUUUUCUCACAGCUUAUGGAACAUUAUUGUUAGUUUAAUUUUGUCAAAAAAAAAUGAAUUGGUUAAAUUGAGGAUUGUGGGAUUGCACAAAAACACAAUUUGUGGAGGCUUAUUAGCGUCUUCCCAUAUUUUACCUUAUAGUGUUUGUUGAAUGUAGUGUUUAUUUAACCAUACACUCCGCUACAUGGAUAUUGAUUUUUUUCCCUUUUAUCCAUUCUAUGCUAUGAUACUUUUGUUCGUAGGCUAGAGUUAUUAUUAUUGCAUUCUGUAUUCAUGACAAAUAUGUCUCAAAUCCAUAAAUUUUAAAACAAAUUACAAAAAACAAACUACAUUGUACAAAAAACAUAUUUCUAUAGAUAAGAAAUUAAGGAACCCUAAAAUAUUGAGAAAUGGGAAGAAUUCUGGACAAGUUGAUCAUAUUAGUUCUAUUUCAUGAGGAGAAAUGUAUAGGUGAACUAACUGGACCAUCUUAUUGAAGAUGAAUUAGUUCAUAAUAUAUCUGAAGUGUUUAAAAGCCAUUUAGUUCAUCAUAUAACUAUUGGGCAUUUCUCCAUUUCUCCCACAUCAAAUCCCAUUGAACUUUUUGUGCUAUAUAACUCCUUACAUUCUUUUAGGAUCUUAGAAUCCUAAAUUUUAGAAUCAAUGUCAGAUACUACAAACUCAUUUCCAGAUGUUCAGAAACCAGGUUAAUGGUGUCAUUCAAAGAUCCCGACUUUGCCUUGGGCUCUUGGGAUGCAGUUUCUGGUUGAUACCCAGAAAAUUUAGAGAAAUUAAUCUCUCAAAAGUGAAUAGGUACAUAAGCACUGACAAUUCAAAUCUUGAAUGGACCAAAUAUAGUCACAUUAUUUUCAUGUAAUUUAAUUUCCAAUGUUUUCAAUGGGUGUACUCUAAGUAUGACUAAAUUGUAAUCAAACUUAUUGUUUUUACAAGUGGUUGCUGAGUAGAGCAAUACAGUAUAACCAUGCUGUAUAUUAAAUCAUGGACUACAAGAUCAUAAAAAGGGAGUUAUGGUACUGUUUUAUAAUAAGGUUAGAUAAAUUGGUUACAACUAUUGUUCGUCAUUUAUUAAAACAAUACUUAGUAUUUGGUAUUGAUAGCUACUAUUUUGUGUUUUGACAGAAGAAAUAGAAAAUAUUGUUUCAUAGGGCUCUCAAUGUCCUGAUAUCUCUACUUGUUCUAAUACUGAUACAUGAGAUGGGCAAAUCAAAGUGCAUUACUAGGCCAAUGACCAGUUCUGCCUCCAUUUUUUUUUGUGGCAACCAGGAUUCAUCACUAUUCUGGGUUUAACCAUGGUUGAUUCUGCAUUACAAUUUAGGGUGAGUUUUUCCUUUUUACCUGCAGCGGCAAUUCACCUCAAUCAAGCAUUUUGCAUCAAAGAAAUGGCACUAUUCUUGAUGCAUUUGAUGUUGCUGUGGUGAUCCAGGGCCUGAGGUCAUGAUAAAAUCUCUUCUCAUUGUUGAAAAUGUUGGAUGAAGUUGUUGGAGUGAAGGGAAAUAAUGGCGUUGUAGCAUUUCAAUCUUAGCAAGUGGUUUGUGUUACUUUGUGAGGCAUAUCUAAUAUCCCGUUGAAGAAAAAGACCAUUCUGAAACCCUACUUUUUGGUUUCUUAUUCACUUUAUUCAUUGAAAAAAUUGUCACUGGCCUCUUUUAAAAGCUAACAAAGUCUGUGAUAUAAAAUGUGUCCAUAAAAUGGGAUGCUAAGCAAGAAUUCCAAUCUGCUCCGUGAUAUUUGCAAAAGAAGGGGUUGUUAUCAAUAACUUCUUGUUAUUCAUGAUUCUUCAUAAUUCUUCAUGAUUUUCCAGGAAGCAUGAAGAUUAAUUUUACCUGCAUAAGUUACAGUCAUUUCUAAAUGAGCUUACUCUUUUAUGAUCAAUCUGGAUGUCUGCUCUAAAUGAAACAUUUUGAAAAAUAAACAUGUAUUUAAAUGCU